AUGGAGCGGAGGAUGAAAGGCGGAUACUUGGACCAGCAAGUGCCCUACACCUUCUGCAGCAAAUCGCCCGGAAAUGGGAGCUUGCGCGAAGCGCUGAUGGUCCCGCAGGGGAAGCUCAUGGACCCGGGCUCCCUGCCGCCCCCCGACUCCGAAGAUCUCUUCCAGGAUCUCAGUCACUUCCAGGAGACGUGGCUUGCUGAAGCCCAGGUACCUGACAGUGAUGAGCAGUUUGUUCCUGAUUUCCAUUCUGAAAACUUAGCUUUCCACAGCCCCACCACCAGGAUCAAGAAGGAGCCCCAGAGUCCCCGCGCAGAGCCGGCCCUGUCCUGCGGCAGGAAGCUGCCACUCCCCUACCACCAUGGCGAGCAGUGCCUUUAUUCCAGUGCCUAUGACCCCCCUAGACAAAUCGCCAUCAAGUCCCCUGCCCCCGGUGCCCCCGGACAGUCGCCCCUGCAGCCCUUCCCCCGGGCAGAACAACGGAGUUUCCUGAGAUCCUCUGGCACCUCCCAGCCCCACCCUGGCCACGGGUACCUCGGGGAGCAGAGCUCUGUCUUCCAGCAGCCCUUGGAUAUUUGCCACUCCUUCACCUCCUCCCAGGGAGGGGGCCGGGAAGCCCUCCCAGCCCCCUACCCACACCAGCUGUCGGAGCCCUGCCCGCCCUACCCCCCGCAGAGCUUCAAGCAGGAAUACCUGGACCCCCUGUAUGAACAGGCAGGCCAGCCCACGGUGGGCCAGGGUGGAGUCAAUGAGCACAGGUACCCAGGGGCGGGGGUGGUGAUCAAACAGGAGCAGACGGACUUCGCCUAUGACUCAGAUGUCCCUGGGUGUGCAUCAAUGUACCUUCACACAGAGGGUUUCUCUGGGCACUCUCCAGGUGACGGGACCAUGGGUUAUGGCUAUGAGAAACCUCUGCGACCAUUCCCAGAUGAUGUCUGUGUCGUUCCUGAGAAAUUUGAAGGAGACAUCAAGCAGGAAGGGGUUGGUGCAUUCAGAGAGGGACCGCCCUACCAGCGUCGGGGGGCCUUGCAGCUGUGGCAGUUCCUGGUGGCCCUGCUGGAUGACCCAACGAAUGCCCACUUCAUUGCCUGGACCGGCCGGGGGAUGGAGUUCAAACUAAUAGAGCCUGAGGAGGUUGCCAGGCUCUGGGGCAUCCAGAAGAACCGGCCGGCCAUGAACUAUGACAAACUGAGCCGCUCGCUCCGAUACUACUACGAGAAAGGCAUCAUGCAGAAGGUGGCCGGCGAGCGCUACGUGUACAAGUUUGUGUGUGAGCCCGAGGCCCUGUUCUCUCUGGCCUUCCCGGACAAUCAGCGUCCAGCCCUCAAGGCUGAGUUUGACCGGCCCGUCAGUGAGGAGGACACAGUCCCUUUGUCCCACUUGGACGAGAGCCCUGCCUACCUCCCGGAGCUAGCUGGCCCUACUCAGGCCUUUGGCCCCAAGGGCGGCUACACUUACUAGCCCUGACCACUGCACCCCUGCCGCCCUGUGUACAUAUAGAUGAAUUGGGUGUUGGGGAAACCCUCACUCUGAAACCCACAGAUGUCUUUGGAGCAGAUCCCCACUGGCCCAUCAGUCGCCCCUGCCCAGACUCUGAGUUGCUCACCAGAGUUGAUGGGAAGGAAAAAUGGAGAACGCUGCAAGUGUAAAAGGUGGGGUCUAGAAGCUCCUCUGGGGGCGUCACCUCCAGCCUCUUCCCUUAGAGGCCCAAGCCGCACUCCUCUCCCCCCACACAGAGAACAAGAGUUUGCUCUGUUCUGGGGGGCAGAGGAGCGUUCCCACUUUGUCCUGGUGGAGAGGGGCACAUUGAGCUCCCCAGAUCUCCCACUGUGGGCAGACAGAAGCCUGGAUCCUGCACUCCGCUCCAAGCUGUGGCCCUGGAGGGUCCUGCUUGUCCAUUCUUGGUGCUCUGUGUUCCCAGAGGCAGGGGGAGGCUGGAGUAAGGAACCUGGGGUGGGGGAG